GAGGGGGAGAGACAGGCUGGACUGGGAGCUGCGUUAUACACGUCCUCACCGCAAACGGAAUCCCCCGGCACAGCUUUCCGCGCUCACACACACACACACACUCACACUCACACACACACGCAUAUGCGCCUGGAGCCUGCACCCUUGCACUUAGCCUCUCCGGAACGCCUAUGUGUGUGUGAGUGUGUGUGUGUGUCGUGAGUGUUCUGAGUGUGACUGUGUGUGUGUGCCUGCCUGCCUGCCUGCCUGCCAGUGUCAUUUCUCCGCGAGGGUGAGUGAGCGCAUAAACAUCUUCCUCCUCCACGCUGCGCUGUGAUUGGCUGAACGACUCGAGAGACGAGGAGUCCGAGGGGCUGGAGGAUCGCCGGGGCGACGAGAGACGGAGAGAGCCGGACCGCUGAACAGCAGCGCAGGUGCAUCAGCCAGCAGGACUAACACCAAAGAGGAACUGCCGCGUGUGUGUGUGUGUGUGUGUGUGUGGAAUACCAGCCUGCACUCACACACACCACAAACACACACACAGAAGACGAACAAGACCUGCACACGUCAGAGAAGACACACGGAAGCAUCUCGUCUCUCUCGCUCUCGCUCUCUCUCUCUCUCUCUCUCUCUCUCUCUCUCUCUCUCUCUCUCUCUCUCUCGCUCUCUCUCUCUCUCGCUCUCGUUCUCGGGUUUCCGGAGUGUUCUGUUGCGUGGCGCUGCUCUCUCUGCUGUGCUGUCAUCUCGACCGGCUCCUCGUCUGACAUUCGCUCAGCUCAGCUCGCCGUCGCCUCUUCCGCGUUCUCUCUCUCUCUCUCUCUCUCUCUCUCUCUCUCUCUCUCUCUCGCGCUCUCUCGCUCCCUCGCUUCUGGAAUGCCCCACAGCAGCGCAGCGUCCGCUCUCUCUCUGCCCCGGGGGCUCGGACCGUGGUGACCCCCCCCCCCCCCCCCCUCGCCGCCGGCACGCUGGAGCCCCCCCCUCCGCAGAUGACCAGCAGCAACAGCAUGAGCAGCGGCUACUGCAGCCUGGACGAGGACUCGGACGACUUCACCUUCUUCACCGCCAAGACUUCCUUCUUCCGCGCGCAGGCCGCCAAGGGGCCCCCGCCGGGACCCAAGAAUGUCACGAAUGAGGAAGAGGAAGAAAGACCAAAGAGUCUCUCUGAUGAAGAGCUCAAGGCCAAGAUCGAGGCGUACAACUCCAAAGUCUCCGAGAAUGGAAUGAAUCUGGCGACGGACGGCUCGUACACGGGCUUCAUCAAGGUGCAGCUGCGUCUGCGGCGUCCGGUGACGGUGGCGGGCCGCGCGUCCUUCUACCUGCCGAGCGACGCGGUCAAGCAGAUCCACAUCAGCAGCACCACCACGGUCAGCGAGGUCAUCCAGGGCCUGCUCAAGAAGUACACCGUGCUGGACAACCCGCAGAAGUUCGCCCUCUACAGGCGCACACACCGCGAUGGACAAGAUCUGUCCCAGAAGCUCCAGGUGUCUGAGCACCCUCUGUACCUGCGACUGGUGGCCGGACCUGAGCCGGACCACCUGACCUUCGUGCUGAAGGAGAACGAGACUGGAGAAGUAGACUAUCACGCGUUCUCGGUGCCGGAGCUGCAGAACUUCCUGACGAUCCUGGAGAAGGAGGAGCGCGAGCGGCUGCGGGUGGUGGAGCAUCGCUACGGGAAGUACCGGCAGAAGCUGCUGAAGGCGCUGGAGGACGUGCAGAACAAGCCGGGCUAGAACCCCCCCAGAACCCCCCUAGAACCAGCGCCAGCUGAAGGGGAACCCCGCACCCCAGCGCCAAGCCACUCCACCAAUCAAAAGCAGAGGGCCCACGAGACUUAACCAAUCAGAGUGGAGGGCCCUAUGGACUCAACCAAUCACAGUGGCAGGCCCCUAUGGACUCAACCAAUCAAAACUGCGAACUAAUGAACUAUCCGCUCAGGACUGGCUCUACAGGCCCAUUCCCCAAACCCCACCCGUGUGGACCCCCCACCCCAACCCCCCUCCUCCUCCACCAAUGGGCAUGAGUGACCCCCACCCCCUCUGUCCUCCUCCACCAAUGGGCAUGAGUUGCCCCACCCCCCUCGCCGCCUCCACCAAUGGGCAUGAGUGGCCCCGCCCCCCUCUCCUCCUCCACCAAUGGGCAUGAGUGGCUCCGCCCCCCUCUCUCCUCCUCCACCAAUGGGCAUGAAUGGGCGGAGGGGGAGAACAGAGUGGCGGUGAAAUGACUUUUCUGGGGAAUGGGACGAGUGUGUGUUCUCGUGAGCGAAAUACUGGUGUGGGGUUUCUGACUGGUUUCUCAGACCCAUUUGAGUGAGUGUGUGUGUGAGUGUGUGUGUGUGUGUCUGUGUGUGUGUGUGUGUAAAGUGCUUUUGUUUUUAGUCCUCCUUGGUUAGUUUUCCGCUUGAGUGAGUUCUUUGGUCAGUCCUCGUUCAUUUUAACUUUUAUUUUAUUUUUAUUUUUAUUUUUUAUUUCUACAUGUUGCUGCUAACGCAAGUGUUACUUAGAGCAUGACUCUCCUCAGUGGA